GCUCAAAGACUUCACAAGCAAGACGAGAACUAUCGGAGUCCGUGCGACCGACAGGAACACAUCUUCCAACAACAUCUCUCUCUUCAUCAAUCUUUUGGUCAUAAUAUACAUCAUAUAUUCACUCCCUUGUGAAUUCACUCCUGCUAUAGCUUCCAAGAGUGACGAGAGUUCAGCACGGGGCACGAGGGGAACAAGGCGUCGGUGGCGAUGGCCUCGUGGUUCAGUUGGAGCAGCGAGCCGGACUACCGAAGUCCGCGGCGGGACCCGUCUGACGUGGUCAUGGACACCCUGAUGCUGGAGCUCAACUGGCAGCUGAAGGAGGCCGAGAGGAUGCAGCGUGAGAGGGACAGUGAGUACCGGCGCCUCCAGACUGGCGUGGACUACAGCUGGCUGGUCAACACGCCACGCAACACCUAUGACGUGUCACCUGGUGAGAAGCUGGGCCUGGAGGACCUGUGCUCCAAGGUGCAUCCAUCCUACUGCGGAGCUGUCAUACUGAGGUUCCGCCAGUUGGUGACUGAGAACGAGCCGGAGGUGCAGGAGGUACCUGCCCUUUUCCGCACAGUCGUCCUCGAGGCCUUGGACCGCAUGAGGGAGGAGCAGGAGGCGCAGCGUCUCUCGCGCCAGUGGAACAACAAACGGGCCAUGAGCAUGUCUCUCAUGAACUUCAAGUCACGCGUCAAGAUCAACCCCUUUGGCAGCACCUUGGGCCUGACCUCGACUGGAGGGGGAGGGGAGGGUGUGUGCGAGCUGAAGACGGUGUCAGAAGAUGUGGAGAAGGCGCUGGAGGAAAGGGCUGACAGGUCCCAGAGGGUGUGGAGCAUGCCCAACUUCAGACAUAAAGGGCUGUACACUACCAAGGCCGUCUGAGCUGGGAAUCCAUAGGACAGUAUUGUGGUUCAGUGGAGGAUAGAGCAACGCUAGUGAGAGGUAGCCUAUAAUAAACCCCUGGAACCUGCCCAGUCUGCUUUGAACAAGAAUGGGGAGAAAUAGGAGACAUGCCUCUCCCAUCCUCUCCUUCGGCAGUGUGGGGUCAUCCACUAUUGAAAGCUUUUGACUUAUGAAUUUGAUACGGGGAGCUAUGCUAAGGAUAUUUCACAAUGUUUUGAGAUGUGUUGCAUGCACUUCCUUUUACUGUGCUUUUUUUUCAUUAUAACAACAUAAUACUCCGGAGCUACAUGUAUUUAAAUUGUAGUUAACCAAUGAGACUUAUACAUGAAACAAUCAACAAGUUCUGUUUUUUUCUCAAGCAUUUUUUUGGCACUGUAAAGGGAAGUGCUGCUUAUCAUGGCUUUUUAGUGACCUUUUUAUAACUUGAAAAAUCAACAGUAAACUGACUGCUCUAUUGGAGUGGUUACCAUGACAUUGUAGAUUAUAUCAAUCUUCGUUCAAACUCUUUACAGUUGGAAUACAGUGCAUCUUGAUCUCUUUGUGUUGUCGGUCUUACUUUAUUGCUAUUGACUUAUCAGCAAAAUACAAUUGCUGUGCAAAUAUUUGAAAUGCCAAAUAUUUCAAAUCACUUUCUUACAGCAAAAAGCAUAGAAAUCCACAUCUAAGCUAUGGGGUAAGCAUGAAAAAAGCUAGGCGGUAAGCACAAAGGCACCGUUUUAUUGCUCAGCAACCAAGGUUGAGGUGCCUGGGCUAUUUGCCUUGUCCAAUAAGACUGACAAAGCCUGGAUACAGGACAAACUGUGUCUCAUAAGAGGCACACAAUGGCAGCAAUAAUUCAUACACAAUGGGAAUGAAUGCUUGAUUGUACUGUAACAUUUCAGAUGACUAUUGUAAAGAAUCUCUAUAACAGCAGCAGUUUAUUGCUGUUGAGAGAAGAGCUGUUUUAUUGGGUGGACUGUAAGCAGUUUGCCACAUCAAGUGGGCUUCACAAAAUAUAAAAAGCUCAUCCAAAAUAA